AUGAUGUCUCGAAGUCAGUCGAGUCUGGGGUAUAUGGAUUCAGGGCGAGAGGAUUCUGCGCCGGGAGCCUCGCCGUCCCUGAACCAGCAGUCUGCCUCUGGGCCUAUCAAUCUAUCUGGUCUGGUAUGCAACGUGCGGCGAACGACUGGCAAGGAACCCCGUCCUCUCGUCGGUGCCACCACGACCAUACUGGGCGAUAAGCUAUACGUGUUCGGAGGCCGGAUCCUCUCGCGCAGCCGCCCUCAACUCACCUCCGACCUUUACGAAUUGGAUUUGAUUCGACGACAUUGGACGAAGGUAGAGCCCGCUGGAGAUGUUCCACCGCCGCGGUACUUCCACAGUGUGUGUGCUUUGGGGGAUAACAAGUUGGUCUGUUAUGGAGGCAUGUCACCUGCACCAACUACGCCAAAGGACCCCGAGAACCCCGCGGAACCGCCAUCGCAGUCACAAUCGGAAGUCGUGGUUAUGUCGGAUAUUCACAUCUUCGAUGUACCAUCGAGGUCAUGGACGCGUGUUGCUGCUCAUGAAUCUCCCCAGGGGCGCUAUGCACACUGUGCUACGAUCCUACCGUCGAGCGCUUGCUUCACAUCUGCAAGUGCACCACUAUCCGCCAUCCACAAUAAUCCCGAAUCCUCCAGUCAUCAAGGUACACUCGGCGUGGAUAUUGACGGCUUCGGAGGUGCAGAGAUGGUUGUGGUCGGUGGCCAGGAUAGUUCCAAUCAUUAUAUCGAACAAAUCAGUGUCUUCAACCUGCGGAGCCUCAAGUGGACCAACACUAGCCCCCUGGGAAGGAGCUGCGGUGCUUAUCGCAGUGUCGUAGCUCCUCUGGUGGGAAUGGAUGUGUCCGAAAUUGGAUCCUCAGCUCCAGACCGCGAUCAACAUGAGCCGAUUCAAGAUAGCACUGAAUCGCCAGGUUGCCCCAUGCUGAUAUACUCCAACUACAAUUUCCUUGAUGUCAAGCUGGAGCUGCAGGUGCGCCUGCCGGACGGACGCCUUGUCGAACGACCUAUGCAGAGCCAAGCAUCACCUCCGGGACUGCGAUUCCCAAAUGGUGGCAUCAUCAAUGGCCACUUCGUUGUUAGUGGUACUUACCUGACUUCAUCAAAGCAAGAAUAUGCGCUGUGGGCUCUCGACCUAAAGACAUUGACUUGGGGCCGUAUUGAUGCCGGAGGAUCGGUAUUUGGACAGGGUAGCUGGAACCGAGGAGUGCUUUGGGCUCGGCGUAAUUCUUUUGUGAUUCUUGGACACAGGAAGCGAAGCCUUGUCGAUGAUUACAACCACCGACGAAUCAACUUUUCGCACGUUUGCCUGGUCGAGCUGGAGGCAUUUGGACUCUACAACAAUUCUUGCCGCACUUCUCCAACUUCAGGAUACAAGUCUUAUAGCUCCUCUUCCGUUCCAGCAUCUUUGCAGAAGAAACUAGUUCAGUUGACAUCAGGUGGGCGGCCAUUGUCUGCCGCAUCCGAUGAGCUAGGCAAACUCGCACAAACUUUGCCAGAGAUGGCCGACAUGGAGUUGCAGGCUGUCGGGGGAGAGCGUAUCUCCGUCAACUCCCGCAUCUUGACUCGACGCUGGGGUCCUUACUUUAUCCAACUCCUCCGCGAGUCGUCGGACGGAGGUAUUGCAGACAUCGGAACUCUUCGUCCGGCCCAGACACACCCAAGCCGCAACUCGAGUAUUACCAUCACUCCUUCGAUAGGCUCCGAUGCAACAACUCUUGUCAAUCAGUCUGUACCUUCGAAGUCUCUGCUUGAGAAUCUCGAAGUUCCUUCUGCUCACAGCCUCGCCCCAACCUCCCGUCCGCGUGUGCUCUACCUCCCCCAUACCAUUUUGACUCUCCAGGUGCUGGUUCAAUACCUCUACACAUCAGCCCUUCCACCCGCAGGCACCUCGCUUUGCACACCACAAAUUCUCUGCUCCCUUCUACAGCUUGCACGUCCGUACCAGAUCGACGGACUACUAGAAGCUACCGUCGAAAGACUCCAUCAAGUUCUCGAUGGGCGCAACGCCGCGGCCGUAUUCAACGCAGCUGCCAUGGCUGCCGGCGGUGGUCGUGGUACUGGAUUCAAUGGCGGACCAGGAGGUACACUGGAGGCUCUGAACGGAGCUUAUACCGGCCACAACGGCACUGCGCCCACAGUUGGCGAGAACAGCAACUCCCAACACGGUGCACUCACAUCGGGCUCGUCCGACACAGAGCACGGUGCUGCCUCCGCAUCAGCAGCGAGCAGCACAGGCGAUCUCACCAACUUCGCUCGAGGUCUUCCAUCUCUCCGCAUCGACACCAGUGUCUCCCAGAAUUCCCGCCACCGCAACGCCCGCCGCGACCGCGAGGAUUCCAUCAGUAAUCCGAGCACAGCGACAUCCGCGUCCAGCGCUAGUUUCAGCCAGUCCGACUCCGAAUGGGUCAGUGGCGAUGAAAGCCGUUCCCAGUCUCGGUCUACCCAUCACCGCCGUGACACAGACACCGAGUUGCGUCGCCCCCAGCGUGAGCUUUGGACCGGUGAUCUAAGCAGCGUUAUCGGUCUCCAGAAGCGCGGCUUGCGUGGUCUCAUGGAGGGCCGUCGCAUGCGUGAACGUAGUUCGAAGCCCGCUAGCACUGGCAGUAACUCGAUAUCUAUGCCGCAGUCGGCUGGCUCAGGUGAUCAACAUGUUCCUUUCCAAGGCGUUGCCAGUUGA